UUAGUUAGCCGCCAAGCUAGCUGGGGGCCAAAUAGGAGCAGUUUAUCAUGGCCGAUGAUGAUUUGGACGAACUGCUGGAUGAAGUUGAAAAAAAGUUUUGUCGCAACGUUUCCGUGGCGUGUUCGGCUCCGAGUGAGGCUGGGAAAUGCGGAAGAGAGAAAGACGGGCAGAGAAAACACAGUGCCACAAAACCCAAACAGUCGAUAAGUAGCGUCGCGGAGGAUAUCGAUGCCCUUCUGGAAGAGUUACGGGAGGAAGACUACGGCGAUUCCCCUCAAUCAAAGACUAAACUAUGUCCUAAAGGAACACAAGUGGAGAAGAAGUUAUCAUCCCAGUCUGCAGGAAGAAAGUGCUGUCCUGUUUAUGUUGGCGGGAGCUCAGUCACAAAUGGUGUCGGAACAGCCACAUCCAAGAGGUCAUGUGACCAGCUAAGGUGUAUAUCCUGCGACUUCCGGGUGCUGAUGUUUGAUGAUUGUGAGUGGGACUCGUCCUGUGAUUACCUGUUCCUCAGGAACAACAUGCCGGACCACGAGAAGCUCCGGAGCAAGCUGAAGAAGAGGAGAAGUUUGCGAGCGUACGCCUGCCAGUGCAGCUGGUUCUCCACGUCGGAGCCGACAGACCUCAGAGACCAACCUCAGCUCAGAUGGGUCUGUGGCAAACACCUGGACUGAUGUUCACUCCUCACCGCUGCAAAGACACUGUUGACCAAUGGGCCAAAGCACACACACAUUACAAACAGAAAGUCUUGGGUUACCUAUUUUCUCUCACUAUCUGUUCACCUGUUUGACUGAUGUGUUUAUACUUCAGUUCAAUCACAGGAUCCUGAACCUAUCAAAGCACUUUUAAAGAAACGUAUUGAUUCUGAUUAAUAGCUGAUGAAACACAAUGUUAGAGGAGCCAAACAGUUGUUCUAAGAAAGGCUUAUUUUUCUACUGAAUUGUAAAAACUUCAGUUAUUUCAGUUUUAUAGCUGAGGUAGAUCGAGUCUUUUAAACACAGUAAUAAUAUAUUUUCUUCAAACGUCAGACAGCUGGAGUCUCCACGUUCUCCCCGUGCAGCGUGGGUUCUCUCUGGGUUCUCCGGCUUCCUCCCACAAGGUCCAAAAACAUG